UGCGACUGUGUGCGUGUUUGACGGGGAGGUUUCUGAUUAGUUGUCACAUCUCGCGGUUUAGGCUGAUUCGUAAGCAAGUGGACGUCUGCAAGAAUGGGACUUACAAUUUCCAGCGUUUUAACCAGGCUUUUCGGCAAGAAGCAGAUGAGAAUACUGAUGGUUGGUUUGGAUGCCGCCGGUAAAACAACAAUCCUGUACAAGCUGAAGCUGGGUGAAAUUGUCACGACCAUUCCCACCAUCGGAUUCAACGUAGAAACGGUCGAGUACAAGAACAUCUGCUUUACGGUUUGGGAUGUCGGUGGCCAGGACAAAAUCCGUCCGCUGUGGCGUCACUACUUCCAGAAUACGCAGGGUCUGAUCUUUGUCGUAGAUUCCAAUGAUCGGGAGCGAAUCGUCGAAGCUGAGAAAGAGCUGCAGAGUAUGCUCCAGGAGGACGAGCUGCGAGACGCGGUUCUGCUGGUGUUUGCGAACAAACAGGAUCUGCCGAACGCGAUGACCGCCGCCGAGCUGACCGACAAACUUCAUCUAAACCAGCUCAGAAAUAGACAGUGGUACAUCCAGGCGACCUGUGCAACCCAGGGCCACGGCCUGUACGAAGGCUUAGACUGGCUGUCCAAUGAACUGGCCAAGAAAUGAUGCGAUAAUGACGGAUGUGGCGGUAAUUGAAGAUUUUUUUUUAAAGCAAAAUAACGGAUUCGCUGGCCGGUCAUCGCGACAGUGUGAGCAGCUGCUUAUGUUGUUUGCGUUAAUUUUUUUUUCCAUCAACAUUGAAAAAAACCUAAUUUUCUUCAUAUGAGAAAAUAUAAUUAAAUAAAUCUUGUAUGUUUACUCCAACAUUCGUUUAAAUAUAAUACAAUCUAUGAAAG